AUGCUUGGCCGCCAGGUCGAUUUUCCAUUGUCCAGUGGCACCUUGGCGCCUUGGCACCGUGAACAGUUCAUCCAAGAUGGCAGUCUGAGGCGCGAACUGGAAUAUGAGGACAAUGUCCAACCCUCGAUUGGGGACGAUGACGCCGAAUGUCUCAUUGUCACCGAGACGCAAUUCUCUGCUGGCAUAUCAUCGCAGCACGUUGGCUGCCAUUCCACGUUGGAACCGUCCCUUGACGAAAACCUUUCAACUCUGGACGUGUCGAAUGGCAACUCCAUGUUGCAAAACCCACGACAUGACGUUGAAGAAAUACCCUGGUGCGGCUCUCGUUCCUGGCUGCAACUCCCGUGGUCUGCCGCUGCUUGGCUGCUUGGCUGCUUGGCACUUGGCAUCGACAACUUUGCUUCCACUGAGGUGUGCGAUGAUGCCACCGCCGCCAAGAAGGAGGUCAAGCUUUAUCAGGGCGCGACGCCCGUCUAG